GUCAGGAUUCCUAAUCUGCUGAGUUGAGUGCUCUCGUCCCGGGAACUCGGUCGAGUGAGUCAAGCCGACGACGUCCCUGCCAGCGGUUUCCGGGCGCGUCACCGUAUCACCGUUAAUCAAAAGGGCCGAGUUUCAAUAACGUCCAAUUCCGAACCGGUUAUGAUUUAAGUGGUCUUUUCCUGUUUUGUCGAUGUGUAGGAUCUACGCGUUUUAAAAAUGAACGGACGAACGUAAAACGAAGUUUAAAAAAAAAAAAAAAACCUCAGCGGGGGUGUCCUAAUAAUACAAACCGUGUGUGAUAGUCUGCUGGAGAGUCAUGGGGAAAUUGCUGAGCCUCCUCGCCAGGGACGAGUCCAAUUGCUGCACGCCUCAGAAGUACGACGUUUUCCUCGAUUUCGAGAAUGCCGAACCUACGGAAAACGAAAGGCUUGUAUAUGAGGAAGUUGCAUCAGUCUUGGAGUCAUCCGAGGGCAUCCUCACAGAGCUCGGCCUGUACAAGGGAGCUGGAAGGGAAAUCAGAGAGGCUAUAACAACACCUACAGACCAGAGCCAAAGCAAGGCGUGGAACAUUGUCUUACCUUUGGUUGAAAAACUCAAAAGAUUUUACUUCUUUUCUCUAGAAUUGGAGAGAAUCGUUCCUAAACUUCUACGGGAGCUAUGUUCUGGCGUUAUGAGUCCCACGCAGCAUUUAGAGACGCAGCAAGCGCUUGUUAAACAGUUUGCUCAUAUUCUAGAAUUUGUGCUCAAAUUUGACGAAUACAAAAUGAAGACACCAGCGAUACAGAACGAUUUUUCCUAUUAUAGAAGAACGAUGAACAGAAGGCAGAGGGGCUGGCUUGAAAGCGGCAAUUACAUCAGCGGCGAUCACCCGACGGAGGAGAUGACUUGUGAUCUGGCCAAUCGCAUAUCGUUGUUCUACGCCAAUGCUACGCCCAUGUUAAGGGCGUUGAGCCAGGCGACGACAAACUUUGUUCAACAGAAUAAAGACAUACCUAUAGAGAAUACAACAGAAAUGUUGGCUACAAUGACCAAAGUUUGUUUAAGAAUGCUGGAAAGUCCGUACACGACAAAGCACCUGAACGAAGAAGCCACGCCAAAGCAGAUCAAAAACCUUCUUGCGGCAUGAUGGUUUCCCGAAUCGCAUUUAAAUGAACAAAGUGAAAAAAGAGAUAUAUCCAUGAUUCCUACUCUUCUACACAUUUCUUCCUAAUUGUGUAAUUGAAUUUGAUUGGCUUCUCCCGGUCUUAAUUUUCACCAUAAAGCGACUGCAUUCGCCCACAAGGUAUAUUUUUCAUUCUAACAGGAAAGAAGAUGCUUAACCUCAAUUGCAUUAUUUAUAAGUUCGUUGUUGAUAUUUUUUUAUGUUCUCAUUUGUCAAUGAGAUUAAAAGAAGAAAAAUUCACUUUAGCAAUUGUGUAGCAUGAUGUACAACUCUAGUCGUCUUUAUAACCAAAGUUUCAUAUUGUCCUCCCUGGUAGAGUGUUAUAAAAAAGCAAAUAAAUUUUUUCCACGUUUG